CCGGGCCGUGAUGACACAUCGGGGUGGAUAGGAAGGAGGAAUUAGGAUGUGCGCAUGCUCGGCUGCUGUUUAUCAGUAGCCACGUUGCCACUUUGUAGCAAAGGGUGAGUGAAAAGUAUCCAAGGGGUAAGGAUGUCCUCACCUCCCAAGGAGAAAGUGGAAACCAAAGCUGGGCACCUUCCUGCCGUCAAAGCAGGUGGUAUGCGAAUUGUGAAGAAACAUCCAGGCUCUGUGCCCCAUGUUUCUGCAGCAGAGAAAGACAAGGAGAGUGAAGACUGGGAAAGCAACAGCCCUAAGCCAACUGUUCCGAUCAUCAUCUCUGGUGCUUUAGCAAGGGGGGACAAGGACUUUCCCCCAGCUGCUGCCCAAGUUGCUCACCAAAAGCCCUACCCAUCAGUGGAGAAACUGCCGGUUUCACACCAGAUCAACCAUUCCAUCCACCAGCCUCGCAAGUGAAGGAUGUGACCCUUCGAGCGAACGUACCGAAAUCUGUGGGAAGUGUCGUUCCAGUUGGACUCCUGAUAUCUGAUAAUUGAAGAAAUCUUUUGAUUUUAGGAAAAGAGCUACAGUUUUAAAUUUUGUAAACUUUUGUUGAAACACAUUUGAGCAAAUAAUAGCCAUUUUUAAUUAAAUUGGCUCCUGAGAUACAA